AGUAUGUGACAUCACAGUCACUCUACCAACCAGUGCUGGUGGGCGUCCCAAGACAAUGUGUUGUGAUAAGGAAUUACAGUGAUUAGAAAAUAAAACUGGGAAUAUCAUUGCUUACGUAAUUCCAAACAAAGUGAAUUAACGUCACGGGAGUUCGUUCUUUCCGAUAUCAGCAUUAUUCAAUUUCGUGUAAGGAGGACUACCAGGAUGAAAGUUUCUCGGCCAUGAUCACCCAAGACAUGGAGGAAGAACUGGUUAGGAGGAGUAGCGCUUCUCACCUCGCUUAUCUUUGUGCCAGGCUGCAGCAGGAGGCAGCCCGAAGGAUGGCGCAGAGGCAGAUGGCGCUGCAGGUGGCGUCGGUGCGAGAGCGCCUUGAGUGGUUCGCACCCUUCUUGCUCUCCUCGGCGACGUUCCUGCUCCUCGGUUACCGCAAGACGCGGAGCUCGGUCGUGCUGUACCCCUUGGUGCCCAUGUGCUUCGCCCUGGGCUAUCAGGUCGAUUUCGCUUUCGGAAGCAAGACGAACAGAAUUAAAAACAUCGCGGAAGGCAUCAUGAGCCACGAGGGGCACUUGAUCCACGUGCCCGAGUGGCACUAUAGCAACCCCCCUCAGGCAAAAUCACGGUGGGCGCCCCUCCUAUCUCGCCCACACCCCGACACGCCCACAUCCGGGGCACAAGCCAAGAUAAAAGAAUCCCAUUAAGAAAAGCUGCGGCAGGGAGUAUACCAGUGCACUGGAUAUGAGAUAAGCUAGACCGCAAGGCCAGCUGCCCCGCGGCGGGAACGACGGCAGCCGCGCCGUGGAGAGAUUCUCAGGCUGAUAGGAAGCAGCAGGCGGGAGUUGCCUCACUCGCCUGUAUACCAUGCAUGGAAUAACGAAUGUCAUUUACGUUGAAGAAGCAUGUACUCGAUAAAAGUGUGAGAAAGUAUUAGUAUGAAAAUGUGUGUGGAGAAUUUAGAUAGAUAGUUAAUUAAGUAAAUAUAUAAACACACACGCAGGCAUAUACCCACGUACACGCACACAGAUAUAUGAAUAAAUUGUAAAACACUUCUGUGUAGAUACAAUGGUAGAAAACCCACAAUGCAAAAAUAGAUUAAUUGAAAUGA